AUGCCGCGCUCCACGACCAAGCAUGACUUGCCCGACAACGAACGACUCAGUAUGUGCCACGAACUGCUGGAGAACAAGCAGAACGGCCGUCUAGCCAGCGGCGAGGCCAAGGAGAUCCUCCUCAAGACUAGCCGACGUGGCAUUGAAGAGGAAGGGUCGAGCGGGGCGUCGGUCAUCGCAACCUUUGCGUUGUUGACGUCUUCUAGUGGCAUGCGCGCGUGCUCCAGUCGAAGAAGUUGCUUUCGUCCGUUGCAUUGUUCGCAAGUCGCCACGAGCUCCGAUGCGGUGGCACCAAAUGCACGACGCAUCGACAUUGACGAGAAGUGGUUCUAUUUCACGUUGAUCAACCACCGAUGCUAUCUCUCGUCGACGACCCUGCCGUGGUUGCUGCCGGGCGGUCGGAUGGUUGUGCCAACUUGUGGCACAACCAGCAACGAGCCUGACUUCAACGUUCUGGAUCUCGGGUUCUUAAACUCAAUCCAAGCAAUACAACACCGUCAAGUCGUCACUGGAAUCGAUGACCUGGUUGCCGCCGUACAUGGGGGAUUCAACGAAUUGGAUUGGCGAAUCCUGGACAAGACUUUAGUGAGAGUCAUGGAGGAGUCGAUGAAAAUGGCCGGUGACAACUCGUACAAGUUGUCGCAUCAGAGCAAGGACAAGAUGGCGAGCUGGACCCACCGCCCCUUCAGUGUGCGAUCCUGA